GAUGCUAGCCUACUGGUGUAAACAGCGGUACGCUGCAUUAGGCUACUAGAAAAUUAAACGUGUUGAUGAAACGUUUAGGACGUUUGGUUCAAUACUGAAUUCUAAAGCAAAAUUGGGAUUCAGCAGCAAAGAAAAGGUUGGAGAAGUUAGCAUUUACGGCGAUUACAAGAAGAGGACGCAUCGGAUUCAGCAACUAACACAGGACUGUUUUUUAUUUCAGUGUCAACUUCAGGAUGUUAUUAACUUCCUUCAUCAGAGUGACUUCUUCUCUCCCAGCCUUCUAGAGUAAGGAAGGACGUAUUGUUAAUGUGAAUGCCUGUCUCUACGGUAGAGAGAGACUAAGCCCAAGGAGGAAGAAACAGUAAAGCUUUUAUUGCACUCCGUCUCUCCCGCGGACUGAACUGAACCAUGCAGCGUCCCUUGGACUUGGGGGCUCACUAUUAUCCCCCGGAGGCUCACCCCGACCACCGCUCCCACUCACACCGCUACCGAAGCUUUAUGAUCGAAGAGAUUCUCACCGACCACCCGGACCAUAAGGUGUCUACCCCAGCAGGGGAGCUGCUCAAGUUCGGAGUACAAGCUCUGCUCUCCGCGCGGCCAUACCACAACCACCUGGUUUUGAAGGCAGACCAAUCGGGUAUCCUUAAGUUCCCCAUGUCGCCACUCUCCUGCUCACUGGGAUCACCGUUAGGCUCCGCUCUCCUAUCCGGGGCUCCGGGGCUCCACGGCGGCUCAGCCUCCCACCACCUCCCGUUGGACCUCCACCUCAGGAGCAAGCUGGAACACGGCGGAGACUGCAACAGCAAGACCAAGAAGGGCCGCCGGAGCAGGACGGUCUUCACUGAGUUACAGCUCAUGGGCCUGGAGAAAAGAUUUGAGAAACAGAAGUACCUUUCAACACCAGACAGAAUAGAUCUGGCUGAGUCUCUGGAUCUGAGUCAACUACAAGUCAAGACCUGGUACCAGAACAGACGAAUGAAAUGGAAGAAAAUAGUCCUACAAGGAGGAGGAUUGGAAUCUCCAACCAAACCAAAAGGCCGCCCGAAGAAGAAUUCCAUCCCCUCGAGCGAGCAGCUUUCGGAGCAGGAGAGGUCUGGAGACGUCGACCGUCAGUCCGACGGUUCCACCUCGUCACAUUCAGACACUAACCAAGAGGAAUAAUAAUGUUGGUGCUCCGACUAACUAACAACUCUCUGAAGACGUUCACCAGACGUUCAUACAGUCUCCGGGAUGCGUAAUGGUGGUCGACCGUUGGAUCGAAGUACCUUUGCCCUUGACUUCGAAUGUUUUGGCACUUACAUACAGAGAGACUGAUGUUGGCCUCCCGUAGAAGAGGCGGAACUCUAUUUUUUAUUACUAGUAUCGUUCUUCAGACACUUCCUCCUUGGGACGAGGUUACUUUUCGUAUGAUAUUGUCACGUCUUCUUUCGUAAUCAAUGUGUUCUCAAUACCUAUGCUUCCACCGCGUCACGCCGAACUAACCGUUAUGGAGCGGUAGUGGAGGGGAGGAAGGGACAGAGACGCACACAUCGAGCAGUAGGUCCACUUUUUCAUUGCCUCCAUUCAAAGGACCCACUUUACACACACUUCUUCUGAUCUGUUCUGCCUUUGUUUUGCAUAUUUACAUGAUUUAUGAAGCUAUGUUUUUAUUAUAAGGACAUUGUUGGAUGUAAUUAAAUAUUUUUCCACUUA